AUGCCCCUCAGCGUAAGCGCCACUUCCCCAAGUUUACACCCUCUCCUGACCAGCAACCAGAACGCACAAAAGAAGCAGAUUUCCGCUGCCCUCGACAUCCUCGAGACAAAAACGCUCUUGUUCGACUGGUCCACCCAGUGGGUCAGCGUGCACGACGGUAAUACCUCCCAGCUUGGAGGCUUGAAGCCUGGAUGUCGCCAGGACUCUGCGGCGCCCAAGUUGUAUUGGGUGGGCAUAUUCAACGUCAGCAAUAAGAGGAUCGUGCCGCCUCCGCUCAUCCAGGCGUCGUUUGCGGCAGUCCCAGACACCGCAACGGCUGUUGCUGCGUUGAGGGUUGCUUUGGCAGACGCCUGA